AUGUCAAGUGCAGUGGUAAGGUCUAGAUAUAGCGGUAGAGGCGAUUUCAUUGCGUUUGUAACUGUAGCGCUAGAUAAGCAGCGUAUUAGCGUGGAAAGAACAGAUGGCGCGCACACAAGCAGCGGGAAUGAACGGUACCUCUACCUUGAGGGUCCUGGAGUUGAAUGUACAUGCCUUGAAUGGGUAGAAAUUGGUGGGGCAGAGCUUGUGGCUGUGGGACAGAGCAAUGGUGAAGUUCAACUUUACUCACCUGUUGCAAACCAGAUGCUACACAAGCUGGUGACUGGGGACAUAUACGGGGUUACAGAUUUCCAGUGUGAUGGUAUAGAUGCGUGGUGUGUUACGCGGAAAAACGUAGUUUAUCAGUUUGCCAUGACGGAUUUCAGCCUUGUGCGCGAACUGCGUUGGGACGAUUGCGGGCAGUUAGAGCGAGUAUGUGUAGUGGACAAGAAUACACUGUUAUUGGCUUCGCAUUCGAUCUUUCUGGUCAGUCUUUUGGAUAAGUCAGUUAUAAGACGUUACCCUGGUCAUUUGUCGGCUGUUUCCUCACUAGUGAUGUUAGGAAAGGAAUAUUUCCUCAGUGGGGCAGAUAAUGACCGUUUCUUGAACAUAUACAACUUGGAAUCCGGUGCAACCAAGGCGGUGCUUGUUGCAGACUCCAACAUUGUUGAGGUCUCGCAUAGUGGGGACCAUGUUGUUGCUGUAACAACAGAGGAAGGGAAAGUGGAAAUAUUUGCGGAUCCUCUAAUUAACUCGAACCAUAAGAGACGCGGAAAUCUCUCAAAACGGCCUACUAAAGUUGUCGAAAUGGAGAGAGACGGUACUGGGAAACGUAUUAACGUUAUAAACUGUAAGUUGAGUAGAGAUGUUCUCAGAAUCACUUGGUUGGAAAAAGCUGUUAUCCUAUAUCACAAGCAUCUACAAUGGGAAGCGCUUGAUAGCACCCACAAAAUUAUGCAGGCUGCACCGACGGUAAAAACAGCGAUUCACGGUACUGGCAAAUCCUAUAGCGAUGUUGCGGCGGCUAAAUCCUAUGCUGAAGGAAACGCAACCGUUACGUCAGGUGAUAACUUCAAGCAUAUACAGGACUUAAUUAAGGACAUGGAGCGUGCGGACAUAGAAGAUGAUUCCUCUCUGGGAGAAACGUUGCAAGACAAACUCGCUGCCAGCGCCCACUCUUUGUCUUCUAAGUCUUCUAAAAAAGGUCUGUCAACCGGUACUCUUACCGUGGUGCUGGCGCAGGCCCUUCAAUCGAACGAUCACUCUCUUUUAGAGACUGUUCUAAACACUCGUGACGAAAAGGUCAUCGAAGCCACCAUCGUUAAGUUGAAGCCGGCUCUUGCUGUCACUCUGUUGGAGCGACUGGCUGAGCGUGUUGCCAGGCAAUCCCAUAGGCAGGGAUUGCUCAAUAUUUGGUGUAAGUGGUGUUUGAUUGUUCAUGGAGGUUACUUGAUUACAAUCCCUAAUCUGAUUUCACAACUAGCAUCUCUGCAUUCUACAUUAAAAAACCGUAGCGCUCUUCUGCCUAGACUCCAAACGCUUGAAGCCAGUCUCAAUUGCUGUCUAAAUGAGCUUGAUGCAAAGAGAGCUCACUGCAAUAGUGAUCCUUCAGCAUUUCCUGAUGUUUAUAAUAUUGAAGAGAAUGAGGAUGAGAGUGAUGUAGAAUACAAUGAAGAACUUGACGACAACGGUCUAAUAGACGAUGGUGAGCUUGACUCUGAAGACGGGGAAGACGAGGAAGACGCCGAAGCCACCAAUAAUAUAAAGGGGAAUCAUUCUAACCCGGAACUAAAUAAUCACAAUGAGGAUGUGAUCAAAUUAGCCUCCGAUGAAGAAGGCUACAGUGAUGUUGAGAUGCAAUGA